AUGGAGAGCAGCAACGUGGAGAUCCUGCACGUGGCCAAGCCGGAGAAAUACCAGCUCCACCUCCACGAGAGCUGCGUCCUCUCCCUCAAAUUCGCCUCCUGCGGUAAAUGGUUCGUGAGCACAGGGAAGGACAACCUGCUGAACGCCUGGAGGACGCCCUACGGAGCCAGCAUCUUCCAGUCCAAAGAGUCCUCGUCGGUGCUAAGCUGCGACAUCUCGAUCAACGACAAGUUCAUCGUCACGGGCUCUGGCGACAAGAAAGCCACCGUCUACGAAGUGGUGUACUGAAGGGUGUGCGCGGGGGCGGCCGGGACCGAGCUGUACCAUGACCAAAACCCCAGCGCCACCCGGGGCAGCCUUUCCAACCACCCGCUGCGGCCUCCGAAGGCGGCGUGCGCCGGGAGUGGGGCCCCUCCCCACCGCGUCAGCUGCAGAGCGGCCCGAGAGCCUCGCGCGGUCAUUCCCGGCUCGGAGGUGGGCCCUGUCAGUGCUUCCUCAGGCUGUGCGCGCAAACAGGUGCAGGCGGAUGGAGACACGAGACGCCUCGCUUCCUUUCUGCAUCUUCCACGCUUCCUCCCAGGGGCAGAUGUGGGGGAGUAAGGACUAGCCGGGAUCUGACCGGAGAGGCCGGGCCUGAGCGGCUUCCCAGCUCGGGGCCUAGCAAUGGCCGGCUCCCAAGGCACGGAGGGGAGUGGCUACAGGCGCAAGCGAUGCUGUUCUCACUCAGCGAGCGAAGGGGCUGGGGCCUGCCACUUCUCCCACAUCAUUGCUACUGAUUUAAUGAUGCCAAUUUUCUGUUGAGAAAACAGCUGUAAUUUCUCCUUGGUAAAUAAAUGUAUUUA